CGUGGCUGCUCCUCAAAGAAGGAUGUGUGAAUCAUGGGAAUAGUGCUGAAAAUUACGUGGGAAGGUAGUUGGUAAUCCGCCCUAUUUCCCGGGCUUUAGCUUAGGGUAAAGUAGACGGUGGAUUUAUUGGUCAUUUGUAUUUUAUAUUUUCCUCUCUCUGUAUAUAUACACACACAGCACACAGACGUCUUCUAGUUGUUGUUUUUAUUGAUAUUCCUUAGUUUUUAUCAAAGUUCCUCUACUCGUCGUUUUCUGCAGCCAAGACUUUUACUCCAUCAAUUAAGAUCAAGAAAACCUCAUCACCAAGAAUAAAGAAAGCAAGAAACAAGAAACCAUGUGUUGCUCUGAUGACUGCGAAUGCAGGCCUUUGGGGUUUCUAUUAGGCCUUCCCUUCGCCUUUCUCUCUCUCCUCCUCUCUCUCGUCGGCGUCGUCGUAUGGAUUGUUGGGUUGAUUUUGAGUUGCAUAUGCCCGUGCUGCUUCUGUGUGACUGUGAUAGUUGAGUUCGCAUUGGGAUUGAUCAAAGCUCCCAUUCUGAUUAUGAAGUGGUUCACCUCCAAAAUCCCUUGUUAAGCUUUAUGGAAAAUAUCAGUGUUUGUUAGAUUAAUUCAUUGAUUAUUAUUGUUGACUUUUUCUAGAGGAUGAUUGAUGAUUGAAUUUCCUUUUUAUCAGUUAAUAAAUUUCUUCUUUUGAAGUUUGUUUUA